AUGGCCGUUUUAGACGAUAUUAUUCUACAGGACGUUGCCAAGAGCUGUGGGGCCCAAUUCCGCAACUACCACGAAUGCAUUCUUGCUCCGGACGGCGACGCCAAGAAGUGCUUGCCCCUCCAGGAUGAGCUCCAAAACUGCGUCAAGAACGACGUGCCAUCUUUCCAGCGGAUCCAGAAAAAUUGCGCAACCAAGAUCGCCGAGUUUGAGUCGUGCUUGAAAAAAGGCAGCUCCAUCUCUUGCUCAGACCAAUUGAAGGCUCUCCGCAGCUGUGCAUUGCAACAGGUUGAAUCCUCCAAGUCCAGCCAAUGA